UGGUUAAAGACCGCAAAAAAACUUUUUAUUUUCUUUCUCUACAAGAUAAAAAUUCUUUUUUUUUAUUCUAUUUUCACUUUGUCACAAAUCCUCCAAAGCACAUUUGGUCUUUUAAACCGGGACUUGGGGACGCUUAGGCGCAUGAUUACUAGCACUCAAACUAAAAAUCAUAAAAUCAAAAAUAAUUUAUUUAAAAUCACAAAAUUUUUCACAGAUAUCUCAGAUAGCAUUAUCUUUGUCCUCCAAAAAUUUCAGAAUUUUUACUCUUUUAUUUCCAAAAUUAUAGUCAAAAAUGUCAAUUUUUCUUUAAAAAAUCGACAUUUUUGCAAGUUUUUCGAUUAUAACUUUAAAAAUAUUUUCUCAAAAAUUCUGAAAUUAAAAAGGCAUUUAGCCCAGCUUCUUCGGAAUAUUUGUACAAAAUUCCAUCAAUCCAAAGUCCCAUUGUUCGCCUCUUUUUCAAGCGCGCGCCCAAACUUUUCUGCGGCCAAACAUCCCAAACUGCUCCUUAGGGACUGCUGUUGCUUUUAAACUUGCAGCCUAAAAAGAUUCAAGUCUAUCGCCAUUUGGACCAAAAAUCUCAGCAUAAUAAAGGGACAGAUUUUAUAAAGAAAGAGCAAAAUAUAUAAACAAUCCAAACAAAAGUGUAUAUUGGCUAUUUUUGUGUUGGGUAAUAAAUAAAUAAAUAAAUCUUUUUUGGGG